CUAUCGCACCUCUGCGCGAGACCGUAGGCUCUGAAGGCGACAUGCGAUUGCUUCGUGCUGGUCUCUUGGGUCUGCUAGUACAGACCGGUAUCGUAUCCGGUUCUGCUCAGCUUCCCUUCGGAGAAAACGCGUUCAGCGCGUACGAUGACGGGCUGUUCACGCCUCUCGGUGAUCUGAGCUCGCUGAGCUCUACGGAGUUCACCUCCUUGGGCCACCCAAUGUUUCCGCGUCACAAUGUCCGCAUCAAGCAGUCGCAUUUCUGUGACGCUUCAGUACGGGCAUAUACCGGCUACAUAGACGUCGAAGCCAGGCACCUCUUCUUCUACUUCUUCGAGUCUCGCCGUGAUUCCGAUGCAGAUGAUGUAGUUUUCUGGACCAAUGGUGGUCCAGGAGCGUCCUCAACCAUGGGUCUUUUCAUGGAACUUGGACCUUGCAGGGUGACAAGCCCGAACAGCACAGCGUUCAAUCCAUACGGUUGGAACGAUAAUGCGAACAUUUUCUUCGUUGACCAGCCUGUAGGCGUUGGCUUCUCCUACGCAGACUACGGGGAGUCCGUGGGCACCACCCAAGAAGCUGGGGAGGACAUUGCGGCGUUCAUGGCAAUCUUUUUUGCGCAUUUUACUAAGUUUAAAGGGAGGGCUCUCCACCUCGCGGGCGAAUCUUACGGGGGUCGUUACAUCCCGGUCUUCGCCGCUACGAUAUACGAUAAGAAUCCUCAGCUCAUCGAGGCCGGACUCACUCCCAUCAACCUGUCGUCCAUCAUGAUCGGAAAUGGAUGCACGGAUUUCAGUACCAUGUUCCCGUCCUACUACUUUGCUCAAUGUGAAGACCCAACCUUUCCAGCUGUUCAAGGAAUCAGUGAUUGUGUACGGAUGAAGCAAUUGGUGCCCCGCUGCCAGAAGCGCUACAAAGAGGCAUGCGUGGACAAGCUCGAUACGAUCGACUGUGCGGCUGCUGCGGACUUCUGCCAGACGUCCCUCGGGGGUUUGUUCAAAGAUCUAAACCACUACGACCGCUCAAGGCCAUGCAAGGGUCUGAACAUCACCGAGUGCUACCCGAUCGUCCAGAACAUUGGCGACUUCCUCAACAACAACCACACCCAAGCUCUCAUCGGCGUAGACAAGUCGCUUCGAGGCCACACCUUCAACUGGAGUUCUCAGACCGUCCAUCAAGCAUUCGUAGCGAACCUGGACCACUACGCCUUCCCCGCGCAGUACUACAUCGGGGCCCUGCUCGAGCGUGGCGUCCGCGCGCUCAUUUACGUCGGCGCGACGGACUACAUUUGCAACUGGAUGGGCAACGAGGCGAUGACGCUCGCACUCGAGUGGACCAAGCAGGACAGUUUCCGCAACGACCCGCUGAGGGUGUGGACGAUCAACGGGAACCAGAUAGCUGGCCUGACUAGGAGCGGCGGUGGGCUGACGUUUGCAACCAUCGUCGGUGCUGGGCACAUGGCUCCGUAUGAUAGGCCCGUCGAGUCGCUGGAACUGGCCAAUAGGUGGUUGGCGGAGGUAGAUCUUUGAACGCCAGGAAAGCAGUCGUCUGUGGGCAUAAACUCUUGCAGAUGUUACGAGGGAGGAGAUUAAUGAAGCGGAUACAGCUGUCGAGAGUGCCAGGGCGAUAGAAGGAGCGAAGCUCUCGCGGACAUCCAAGACUUAUAUGUGAAACCUCCCUGACGGCUUUGUUAGCAGAUGCCAGCCUCCCAAACAUGUAGGGCAUCAUUGUCCCAGUCGCAACAACCUGUAGCACCUCGAUAUCGUCCGUCGAUGCUUGCAUGGUCGCGGUAUAUAUUGAGGCAUUCUCGAC